AUGAUUUCGUUCCCGUUAAUUCGCUUGUAUCUAUUGAAAGCAGCCAUAUUCGGCUCAUUGAGCUUUCACGUGUUCUCCCACUUUUUAGUUGAGGCCAAUGGAGAUGUGGACACGGCGAUCGAUUUUCUGCUAUCCUCUGCUGACGCAGACGGGAAAGAUAGCACGUUAUCUGAUUCUUCUGCUGUAACUAAACCAUCAAACACAAGUCUGGUCGCACCAAGUCGGUUGAAAACCGCGGCUGAGACGUUUCACGCUAGCUCAACGGCACGGCAGUUAAGUUUAACAGAACGACGUCAAGCUUUGCUUUCACACGCACGCAAACGUUUUCUGGUUACCAGUAAUCCCGAGGACCGGGCCGAAUAA